GGUUCACGAAAUGGACGUUGAUUUGCAUUCUUACGCUCGUCUCCUGCAAUCUUUCAACACCCAAAGCUCGAUUCGGCAAGGGCGACAGCUCCACCCCUUUUUCCUGAAAAGGGGCGCGCUCGGUUCUGCUGUCACCAUCGCGAACCGCCUCUUGCAGAUGUAUGUGAGGUGCGGCCACAUAGAAGAUGCACAGAAGGUGUUCGAGGAAAUGAAUGAACGAAACUGUUUCACUUGGAACACUGUGAUUGAAUGCCACAUGAAAUCAGGAAGCUUGCAAAAGGCUCUGGAGUUGUUUGGUUUGAUGCCCGAAAAGAACUGUUUUUCGUGGAAUUUGGUAGUUACGGGUUCUGCAAAAGUGGGCGAAUUAAAUGUUGCUCGGAGGCUGUUCAAUGAGAUGCCGAGAAAGAAUGGGGUUGCUUGGAACUCACUGAUUCAUGGGUAUGCGAGCUAUGGUCAUCCACGAGAGGCUGUGAGGCUGUUUAGAGAAUUGGAGUCCGAUCCUUGUCAAGAAUCACGUCGAGAUGCAUUUGUGCUGGCGACGGUUAUUGGUGCUUGUACUGAUUUGGCAGCUCUUGAAUAUGGGAAGCAAAUCCAUGCUCGAAUCAUUGUUGAUGAAGUGGAGUUCGAUUCUAUCUUGGCAACUUCUCUUAUCAACUUGUAUGGGAAGUCUGGUGAUAUGGAUGGUGCAACUCGGGUUUUGAGUAUGAUACAAGAUCCAGAUGACUUCUCCCUAUCAGCAUUGAUCUCGGGGUAUGCAAAUUGUGGUAGAAUGGAAGAAGCAAGAAAGAUUUUCGAUAUUAAAAUUGAUCCAUGCGUGGUGUUAUGGAACACCAUGAUCGCAGGAUACAUUGCUAAUGUAAAAGUGGAUAAAGCAUUAGAUCUCUUCAAAAGGAUGCGAAAGGUUGGAAUUCAAGAGGACUUCUCUACUUUUGCCAGUGUUUUGAGUGCCUGCAAUGUUUUGUGUAUGCUUGUAAACUGCCAACAAAUGCAUGCGCAUAUCUGUAAGUUUGGAAUUCUCGAUGACCUUAUAAUUGCUAGUGCUCUCAUUGACGCAUAUGCCAAGUGCGGAAGUCCAAGUGAUGCUUGCAAAUUAUUUAGAGAGCUCAAAAGACAUGACACCAUUUUGAUGAAUUCUAUGAUCACUGUUUAUUCUAUUUGUGGAAGAAUUGAAGAUGCCAGACAAAUCUUUGACACAAUGCAAACUAAAAGCUUGAUCUCGUGGAAUUCGAUGGUUGUUGGUUUAAGUCAAAAUGGUUAUUCAAUUGAAGCAUUAGAUCUUUUCUGCGAUAUGAACAGGAUGGGCUUGUGCAUGGACAAAUUUAGCCUGGCUAGUGUUAUCAGUGCCUGUGCUGGCAUCUCUUCACUUGAACUUGGGGAACAAGUUUUUGCUAGAGCUACUGUCAUUGGCCUGGAACUCGAUCAAAUUGUUUCUACCUCCCUGGUGGAUCUGUAUUGUAAGUGUGGUUUUGUUGAAAAUGGACGUAAACUGUUUGACCAAAUGAUAAAGUCCGAUGAAGUUUCAUGGAACUCUAUGUUGAUGGGUUAUGCUACAAAUGGCCAUGGAACUGAAGCAUUGAAUCUAUUCAAUGAAAUGAGGUCUGCUGGAGUUGUUCCCACAGGCAUUACAUUUACGGCCGUUUUGUCUGCCUGUGAUCAUUGUGGACUGGUUGAAGAGGGAAGAAAAUGGUUUCAUGCAAUGAAAAGUCACUAUCACGUUGAUCCUGGGAUCGAGCACUAUUCUUGUAUGGUUGAUCUUUUUGCAAGGGCAGGUUUUCUUGAAGAAGCAAUGAAUCUCAUCAAAGAGAUGCCAUUUGAGGUUGAUGCGAGCGUCUGGUCGUCAGUCUUGAGGGGAUGUGUAGCUCAUGGGAACAAGAAUCUUGCUGAGAAAGUGGUGGAGCAAAUUACAGAUCUUGAUCCCCAGAAUUCAGAUGCUUACGUGCAGCUAUCAAACAUAUUCGCGACUUCUGGCGACUGGGAAAGAUCAGCACAAAUUAGAGAGUUAAUGAGGGAUAGGAAACUACAGAAGAACCCUGGUAGUAGUUGGGCUAAGUGCUGAGACAGACAUUACAUAUUUGCAAUUGCAAGAAGGUAUGCUCUCUUCAGCUGCGGUUUCAAUCUAGAAGGAGUUCGAGUCUGAGUUUGAGUUCGAGUUUGAUGUAUUCCAUGCUAGUACCACGACAUUGUCAGAAAUCAGAACUGAAAAGAACAUCGACAAAUUGCUUCAGCAGCUCGAGUAUACGAGUCAAUAGUUACUCGAGCAAACUGCUCUUCGCUCCUCCCCAAUUACCCAGUACAAUGGACGUCACCAAUCCUUGCAUUGUCAAUCCUUUUGUCCAAGUGUGCUCUAGAAGUAAGAGUUCUUCCAAGACCGGUAAGCUGUGAAGCCAUGCAUCGUCGACUUCAUUGAGCAUAUAUAUAUAUAUAUAUAUGGAUAACACUUCGAAGAUGUCACAUUCUUCAUCUCUUCAUUCGACUGGAACAGAAAAGAGGAUGUCAAUGAAGGCAAGAAAGCUGUCUGAUAUACCUUAUUUAUAUCUGUUGGUUAAGUUUAUAUAAUGAUUUAUAAUUAUAGAAAUAUUAGUUGUACAUGGUAGUGACAUAUUUUUUAGGUAAUAAAUUAUUAAAUUUAUUAUUAAACUCUUCAAAGGUUUGUGCAAUUUGUUUCUCAACAUAAGUGAUCUUUUAA